CUGUCUCUUGUCUCUCCCCUUCUGAUCCAGCUCUGGCAGGCCGCUCUAAGCACGCUCAACCCCAACCCCACGGACAGCUGUCCCCUCUACCUGAACUAUGCCACCGUGGCCGCCCUGCCCUCCAGGGUGAGCAGGCACAACAGCCCCUCGGCCGCGCACUUCAUCACCCGACUUGUGCGGACCUGUCUGCCGCCGGGAACCCAUCGGUGCAUUCUGAUGGUCUGUGAGCGGGCCGACGCCUUCGCCUCUGCCUGCGCCCUGGCCCGCGCUUUCCCGCUGUUCACCCACCGCUCGGGGGCUUCCAGGCGCACGGAGAAGAAGACUGUCACGGUGGAGUUUUUCCUGGUGGGACAAGACAACGGGCCAGUGGAAGUGUCCACUUUGCAAUGCUUAGCAAACGCCACGGAGGGCGUGCGGUUGGCGGCCCGCAUUGUGGACACGCCCUGCAAUGAGAUGAACACAGACACCUUCCUAGAGGAGAUUAAGAAAGUUGGAAAAGAUCUGGGGAUCGCCCCAACCAUCAUCCGGGACGAGGAGCUGAAGACAAGAGGAUUUGGAGGAAUCUAUGGUGUUGGCAAAGCUGCUGUCCACCCCCCAGCUCUGGCCAUCCUCAGCCAUACUCCAGAUGGAGCCACCCAGACCAUUGCAUGGGUGGGCAAAGGGAUCGUCUACGACACAGGGGGUCUCAGCAUCAAAGGGAAGACCACCAUGCCUGGGAUGAAGAGGGACUGCGGGGGCGCCGCGGCCAUCCUAGGGGCCUUCCGAGCAGCCAUCAAGCAGGGUUUCAAAGACAACCUCCAUGCCGUGUUCUGCUUGGCUGAGAACUCAGUGGGGCCCAAUGCUACGAGGCCUGACGACAUCCACCUGCUGUACUCAGGAAAGACUGUGGAAAUCAAUAACACCGACGCCGAGGGCAGGCUGGUGCUGGCAGAUGGCGUGUCCUACGCCUGCAAGGACCUGGGAGCUGACAUCAUCCUGGACAUGGCCACUCUGACCGGAGCGCAGGGCAUCGCCACGGGCAAGUACCAUGCCGCAGUGCUCACCAACAGUGCCGAGUGGGAAGCGGCCUGCGUGAAGGCUGGGAGGAAGUGUGGGGACCUGGUGCACCCGCUGGUCUACUGCCCCGAGCUGCACUUCAGCGAGUUCACCUCGGCAGUGGCCGACAUGAAGAACUCAGUGGCGGACCGGGACAACAGCCCCAGCUCCUGUGCCGGUCUUUUCAUCGCUUCACACAUCGGCUUCGACUGGCCCGGGGUCUGGGUCCACGUGGAUAUCGCUGCACCUGUGCAUGCCGGUGAGCGCGCCACAGGCUUCGGUGUGGCCCUCCUGCUGGCGCUCUUCGGCCGGGCCUCCGAGGAUCCUCUGCUGAACUUGGUGUCCCCGCUCGGCUGUGAGGUGGAUGCCCAGGAGGAGGAUGCGGAGAGGGACUCCAAGAGGCGCAGGCUUGUGUGAGGCCAGCUGCCUCUCCCGGCCCCCAGCAACGCAGGGCUCUUUACCUCACUUUGCACUGAUUAAUUUUAAGCAAUUGAAAGAUUAUACCUUAAGAUCGGCUUUGGUUUGUUUUUGUUUUUAAUUGUCGUAGUGAUGGAAACGGCUCCUUCUUAUGUCUUUGAAGACAGCUUAGGGUUUGGCGGGGGCCCCGGGGGAGGCGCAGGAAGCACUAGGGCUUGUUUCUGCUUGACUUACCUGCUGGCCUCCCCGCCACCUUCUGCACAGUGUGUUCCCUCCUGGGGCCUCUGCACGACCUUGGAGCCCCAGAACACAUAGGUGGCCCUGACGCCCUCGGCCAGCUGGCCCUCAGGCCUCCUGCCUCUUCUCGGUGCCUACAGUGGGUGCCCAUGGCCCUGUCUCUGGCCCCAAGCCCCAUGCAUGGUACCCACAUUACAGAGAGCCCAGGCCCAUGCUGCCGCUGCCUCCAAGCAGCCCACCCCUUUGAAAGGAUGGAGGUAACUUGCUUCAGGGACCCAAUUUCAUAGAGCAAGAGAAGUCUCUACUCUGGCCCCUUAGAAUUCACUGGACGUUGAAUUAAAUAUGGCUGUACCACAUCA